CACUCACCAAGACUGACUUUUGAUUUUCUUAUGGUCUCUGUGCUUAUGCUAACACAAAAGUCAUUCACAACUUCAAUUUCCUAUCAUGGCUUUUUCAUUGUUUCUCAAUCUCACUUUCAAAUGCCUUCAUCAUUUCGCAUGGCCUUUUCUUGCUCUGCUGUAUCCUAUGUGUGCUUCCGUACACGCAAUCGAGACUGAUUCCUAUGAAGAAACUAAGCAUUUGAUCUCAUAUUGGAUACUUCUUUCAUUAAUUUACCUCUUUGAGUAUGCUUUUAUGAGCCUUCUUCCAUGGUUUCACCUUUGGCCGUACAUUAAGCUAAUGAUCGUCUUCUGGCUCAUCAUGCCUGACUUUGGACGAGCUUCUUAUGUUUAUCAUAAUCUUAUUUGCUCCAUGAAACCGCAAAUAGUCACAUACUGGAGGAAUUGUUUUGUAGAGAAAGAUAACUUUUUAAUGCAUGCAGAGAGAUAUAUGAAAGAGAAUGGAACUGAGGCCUUAGAGAAACUCAUUGCUAGCAAGAAGCAUCUUGUGCAGACAAAUGGCGAAAGACUCACAACUGAACACAAAGUCAUCAAAGAUUUCGAGACUAUUGAGCAAAAAGAAAUUCCUGCAACAACGCUAAACACAAUGCAUAGGCCUGAUGCAGAGGUGACAAAUGAAAUCAUAGAUAAUGAUAAUAAAGAAAUGCUAAAGACGAAUGGAGAAAGGCUCCAAUCAGAGAACAAAGACAUCAAAGAUUUGGUGGCUAUUGAGAAAAAAGAAAUUCCUGCAACCAAACAAAGAACCUAUGCUGAUAUAGUAGCGAGUCAAACGACAUCAUCAACCAUAGUAGAAACCAAAGAAAUAGCUGGGAGAGACACAGCUGGUGGAGAGCAUCCUCAGAGUUCUUCUACACUGAAGGAAGUGCAGAGAGAGUGGACCUGUGCUUUAUGUUUGGUAACAUCUUCGAGCGAGAAAGACUUGAAUUCCCACCUUAAUGGGAGGAGACACAGGAAGGCUUGUGAAGCCGCGGGUUUGAAAGUAGCAAAGAAACUACCUGCUACGCAGAAGAACGUCCUGCCAGAACCUUUUAGGAUGAUUAAUUCCAAAUUAGUAUGUAAAGUGUGUAGUGUUAUGCUUUCAAGUGAAGAGUACAUGGCCUCUCACAUAAAAGGGUGGAAGCACUUGUCUAAUAUGAAAAGUUGAUACCAUAUAGACAUUGCUUUCUUGAAAGUUGAAAAGCAAAAAGGUGUGGCAAGCCUUCUAAACUGUAUUAGCUGUACCAAAACAUUGCUGAUUCUAAAAUGGAAAAUGCUUAGAUUCUUUCCA